UCACAAACCUUGGCAUCACCUUGAAUUCACUAUUAUCUCCUGUGUUUUCAGGCUCUGAGCCAAACUCAACACCUUCAGAAGAACCCAUGGAAAAUAAGAACAAUGUAACUGAGUUUAUCCUCCUGGGUCUAACCCAGAAUCCUGAGGGGCAAAAAAUUCUCUUUGUCACAUUCUUACUCAUCUACAUUGUGACAAUAAUGGGCAACCUGCUCAUCAUGGUGACAAUCACAGCCAGCCACUUACUGGGUUCCCCUAUGUACUUUUUCCUGGCUUACCUCUCAUUUAUAGACACAGUCUAUUCUACUACCAUCGCUCCUAAAAUGAUCUUUGACUUACUCUAUGAGAGAAAGACCAUUUCUUUCCAGGCUUGUAUGACUCAAGUUUUUAUCGACCACUUAUUUGCUGGUGCCGAAGUCAUUCUUUUGGUGGUGAUGGCCUAUGACCGAUAUGUGGCCAUCUGUAAGCCUCUUCAUUAUCUGACCAUCAUGAAUUGGCGGGUGUGUGUCCUCAUGCUGUUGGUGGCCUGGGCUGGAGGCUUUCUUCACUCCUUAGUUCAAUUUCUCUUUAUUUACCAGCUCCCUUUCUGUGGCCCCAAUGUCAUCGACAACUUUGUGUGUGACAUGUACCCCUUGCUGAAACUUGCCUGCGCUGACACCUACCUGCUUGGGCUGUCCAUGAUCGCCAACGGAGGCGCCAUUUGCUCUGUCACCUUCUUGAUCCUUCUAGUUUCUUAUGGGGUCAUUUUACACUCCCUCAAGGGCCGUGGUUUGGAAGGGAAAUGCAAAGCCUUCUACACCUGUGCCUCCCACAUCACAGUGGUCAUUUUAUUCUUCAUACCCUGCAUCUUCUUGUAUGCAAGGCCCAGUUCUACAUUUCCUAUUGAUAAAUCCAUGACUGUGGUUUUAACUUUCAUUACUCCCAUGCUGAACCCUCUCAUCUAUACCUUGAGAAAUGCGGAAAUGAAAAAUGCUAUGAGGAAACUUUGGAAUACCAAAGUGACUUUUGCUGGGAGAGGCUCAAAUCCCUCGAGCAGAACCUGA